AUGGAACAUUCCAGAGUUUUAGAGAUCUGUCCCGGAAGCAUUAGAACAUUCGAGAACAAUGUGGAACCUUCUAGAAAGGUAGGGAACAAAUGAGAAGAUUAUGGAACUUUCUAGAAGGGAAACCUUUACAGAUGAUCCCUAUGACGUAAUGAGACUAGAAAUGUAUAGAAUACUAUAGAAAGUUCUAGAAUCAGCUUAAUAUAAGCGUUAUGCUCCAACACAAUGUAUGACUAAACUUUUUAAAACGAAAAAAAUUUGUGGCCAAAACGGAUAAAAAUCCCUUUUUUCCUGACAUUUUUUGGGCAAUUUUUUUAUAUUUGAAUAUCAUGUUCGACUGUUUUAUAGUCUUUAAAACAGUCAAACGUAAAGAAAAAAGACUUGGCAGGCUUAUGAUGAGCAUGUGUUUGUGAUAGAAAACAAGACUUGCAGGUUGUCAAAAUGCUGGCUCUAGUGGUGGUAAUCUUCGCGGUGUGCUGGCUGCCAUACCGAGGGAUGGUCGUCUACAACUCAUUCGUCACGGACCAACGACUUCUCUGGAACCCCGAGUGGUGAGCCAUCAACUUUGUUAAGACCGGCAUCGUUUUUCAGGUACAUCAAUUUCUCGAAGACUCUCAUCUUCGUCAACUGUGCGAUCAACCCGAUCCUCUACAACCUCAUGUCGGAGCGUUUCCGUUCGGCCUUCUGUUCACUAUUUUCUCAGAAGCCCACACAUAAUCAAAGUGAGUUUUCGUGGGUUCCUUGGCCAGAAAUUCGUCAAGUACAAGUUUAUACUUUAUAUUUAGACUCACUCCAUUCGUUGAGAUUUGAAUGUUUAAGGUUUGACGGAAAAUGUCUUUUAUCCGAGAUGAAAAGUUGCUGAAUGAGCAUUUAGAGAAGCGCUUUAAGAUUUCGUAUGUGGACUCUCAUAGCCAGGUGCCUCAACGGGUGCACCCGCCUUAAACCCGUGUUUGUUUGAGUCUCAGUUGUGUUAAAACGGGAGAACAACGGGCUUGAGAAAAAAUAGGUGACCCAGCUGUGUUUAUUUCGUAAAUCUGUGACCCAACUGGGCUAAAGCGUUGCCUCAGAUAGGGUACAAACUGUCCAAAGUUCUACCAUUUGUUUUUAUUUUAUAUGGGUUCACUACGGGGGCACCCGCUGAGACCCUGUUGUAGCAUGCCUCAUCAGCAUGAGAGUAAUAAAGUUGGCCUUUUUUCUUUCUAUGGAACUCCAAUACUUUUCUCAAAACACGGUCGCCGGUUAUGGAUUUCGGAACUUUUUGAUGGUUCAAGCUUGCAGACCUGCUGGUUUCUCGGGUACGGCAGAACACAGCGCAAUCGGUGGUGGUUCGGACGACAAGCAUCGGUCACCCUAGUCCCGGCCAACGACGAGCCUCUUCCUUGCUCUGCGAGCCAAGAGCUUCGGCUUUGCUCUGCGAGCCUCGGACUUCAGCCCUGCUCUCUGAGCCGCCUGAUGCACAGCCUGUCUGA